AUGUCUUCGCCUGCGCCUGCGACGGGGACAACGGGCGCGCUGGGGACGGCGGGCGCACUGGGGAUGCCGGGCGGGCUGGUGAUCGUCGACGACGCGGACGCGGGGGUGCAGUAUGCGCCGGAGAGCGGGUGGCGGGUGUCUGCGGGCGGAGGCGCGCGGGACCUCGAGUUCGGGCGGACGGCGCACUGCGGGGGGGCGCAGGGGGCGACGGCGCUGUUCCCUUUCGUCGGGACAUCCGUGGAGCUGUACGGCACCGUCGCGGCGAACGCCAGCGCGGGCGCACUCGGGUUUACACUCGACGGGAAGAGCGCGGGGGAGUACCCAGCCCCGCGCUCGCCCACCGCCGCGUACCACGAGCGCCUGUUCGCCUCGGGCCCGCUCGCCGACGGCCCGCACACGCUGCUCAUCACGCAGACCGCCGCGGCCGCCGCGGACGAGUGCACGCUACGGCUCGACUACCUCACGUACCACGCCUCGGCCUCCCCGGGGGCCGGCACCGAGCGCCUGCUGGUGGACGACCGCGACCCGGGCGUGGUGUACUCGCCCGCGUGGUCCGACUUCGCCGGCGCACAGGACCUCCUCCGCACCAGCCGCGGGUCACGCGCGGGCGGGGCGAACCUGACGUACACCUUUGACGGCCGCGGCAUCGCGUACUACGGCCCCGUGACCGUCCCCGGCGCGCGCGCGGCUGUCGUCCUCGACGGCGCCCCGCCGGCCGUCUUCGCCGCGGAAAGCGUUGCGCUGGGUAGCGUGCUCUACUACGAUUCGGGCCCGAUACCCGACGGGCGGCACACACUGGUGGUUACGGCGCAGACGGACGCGGCCGUGUGGGUGGAUUACUUCCUCGUCGUGCCGCCCAUCUCCUCCGGACCCAGUAGCACCGGCACGAGCCCGCCCGCCGCGAGCAGCAGCAGCGCUGCUGCGCACAAACGGAGCGGCCCGAGCGCCGGUGCGAUUGCGGGGCUAACCGUCGCCUGCGUCGUGCUCGUCGCGUGUCUCGCCAUCGCCGCGUGCUGGCUCCUCCGGCGGCGCCGGGCCAAGCUCCGCCGCCACGACUCGCGCACGCCCGCGGCCGUGGACGCGCCCGACCUCCCGCCGGUGACGCCGUACGCGUACUACCAGCCGUGGCUCUUCCGCCGGCGCCUCAGCCGGCGCGCGCCCGGCCCCACGCCCGAAUACUACCAGCCGAGCGUGUGGCCCGCGUCGGUGGCGCCGUCGUCGCUUAAGCUUGCGGUCCCGCUCCCCGCGUCGCAGACGCACCCGCCGCCGUCGCAGACGCACCCGCCGACGCCGCCGGCCCCCGCAUACGAGUACCUCUACCCACACUCCGCCCUCUCCCCGCAGCUGUCCGUGCGCACCGCGUCCACUGCGCUCACCGCCUCCACGGCGCUCACUGGUACUACUACGACCACGACGGCCUCCACCGCGCCGACGAUCACGACCGUCGUCACCGCCGGCUGCGGCGCCGAGACGUAUACGUACCCGUACCCGUACCCGCAGUCCGAGCUAUCCACGCGGCUGUCUGUGCGCACCGCCUCCACUGCGCCCACCGCCUCCACCACGACCAGUGCAACCAGCGCCAGCGCCCAAUUCGAAACAAAGGAGGACAUGCCCAAGCCGGCCGGCCCUCGCGAACGCGCCUCCGUGCGCCCGCUCCCGCACCUGCCCGCCGUGCUCGAUGCCCUGCCCGAGUGA